GGAAAGAAGGCAAAGCCCAGGACACAGUCCCCUUAUCUGUCUCACCGAUUGCUCGCAUGGUAUCUGCCAUUGACUAGAGUCACCCACAGCCCAGCAGCUUUAAGCUCGACCUCUUCUGAGGACAAGGUCAAGAGUAGAAAUGGCAGGUAGAAAUCACAGGCCAGAGCCAUUUGCUGGGGUUAAACCAUCUGAAAACAGACAAUUUUAACAUCUUUGAUUCUACACUUGGCAGCAUGCCACCAAAAAUAGUGAGUAAAGGAAGAGGAAGAUAACUCAGAAGAGUGAUUAAAGAUCACUAACAAAGUUAGAGGAAAUUUAAGAAGAGGAAAAAUUGAAGGUGGAAGGGAAGAGAAGUGGAAGAGGAUAAUGGACAUAAAACCAGAGCCAGAGUUAAAUGCUAGAGAUGGACAGGACCAAUGACAGCACCCAGGGAAAUUUCAUCCUUUUGGGGUUUUCUGACCGUCCCCAACUGGAGAGGAUCCUCUUUGUGGUCAUCUUGGUUGCAUAUCUCCUGACUCUUGUGGGCAACACCACCAUCAUCCUGGUGUCCCGGCUGGACCCCCACCUCCACACUCCUAUGUACUUCUUCCUCACCCACCUGUCCUUCCUGGACCUCAGCUUCACCACCAGCUCCAUCCCUCAGCUACUCUAUAACCUGAAUGGACGUGACAAGACCAUCAGCUACACAGGCUGUGCCAUCCAGCUCUUCCUAUUUCUGGGUCUGGGGGGUGUGGAGUGCUUGCUCCUGGCUGUCAUGGCGUAUGACCGGUUUGUUGCAGUCUGCAAGCCCCUGCACUACCUGGUGAUCAUGAAUCCACGUCUCUGCUUGGGCUUAGUGUCCCUUGCUUGGGGCUGUGGUGUGGCCAACUCUUUGAUUAUGUCUCCAUUGACUCUGUGGCUACCCCGCUGCGGAUACUGCAAAGUAGACCACUUCCUGUGUGAGAUGCCUGCUCUGAUCCGGAUGGCCUGUGUCAAUACAGCUGCCGUUGAGGGCAUUGCCUUUAUUCUGGCGGUGGGCAUUGUGCUGUCACCUCUGGUGUUCAUCCUGAUCUCCUACGGCUACAUCGUGAGAGCUGUAUUAAGUAUCCAGUCAUCCUCAGGGAGGCACAAAGUCUUCAACACCUGUGGCUCCCAUCUCACAGUGGUAUCACUUUUCUAUGGAAACAUCAUCUACAUGUACAUGCAACCAGGAACCAGCUCCUCCAAGGACCAGGGAAAGUUUCUCACUCUUUUCUACAACAUUGUCACACCGCUCCUGAACCCUAUGAUCUAUACACUCAGAAACAAAGAGGUGAAGGGGGCGCUGAGAAGAUUGGUUUUGGGAAAUCUGUGUUUAAGGAAGAAAUUAUAAUAAAACACAA